UCUGCGUGACAUGCGCGCAAUCACGGCCGACCACGAGGCACUCUAAAGCCGCCACAAUAUCUGAAAGGGAAAAAUGCAUUUUUUGAGGUGUAGGGAUAGCUAGCUAGCUAUCGUCACUGGGCUCCGAUUUAGCUACAGUCAAAAAUAAGGAAAACGUCAAUGACGAAAAAUGACUCCCUUACUCCCUUUCACUCAUUUGCGCACUGGAAAAAAAAAAAAAAGUGCUUUGGAUUGAUUUGAUUCAAACGUGAGUCAAAUGUGUCAUAUGAUUUGAUUGUUUUCAAGGGAAAGAGGGGGACGUGACUUGAGUUUAGUACAUCGGAAUCACGCACACGCCUUCAAACUCCGGAUCCCGCUUCUCACCGCAAAAAAAAAAAAAGCCCGAGAUUUCCCAAAUGUUCUUCAGCUCGUGCGACCACACGAUUGCCAUUCGGCUCGAUUCCCUUCGAACGCUUUCAAAGAUAGGGCCUGGGAAGUGGGAAGGUAAAUAGCAGUUUGAAGUUUGGGAAAAAAAAAGAAAAGCAAAAUGGUGCCCCCGCCCAGACUUGCUCUCUGGAAAGGCAUUUCAUUUUUUUUUUUUUUACUGCUGACAUCAUACACGUCUGAAAAUUGCUGGAGCGCAGCUGGUUUCGAUGGCGGUCGACAUAUUUUUGUUUAUGAGUCGCACGGCCGCUCGCGUGGAUCCGCGCCUGCUUUCGGGCCGUCCCGACGGCAGCAAACUCUUCUUUCGACUGAAAUUGCUUCCAUGCCGAAUGAGAGCUUCGCUCACUUAUGUGGCUUUUUGCUGCGGUUGAAUACUUUCAAGGCUGUUAAUGGUUUGUUUUUUUCUCUCCUCUUCUUCUUCUCCAGUGAGCAAAUGUCUUUGGUGCAGUGCCGUGUGCAUAAAGCGGGAAGUGGGAGUGUCGCGGAUGCACGCAGAUGCGCAGGUGGAGGCCCGCGGCAGCUUGCUUUCGUUCCAUCCAUCAUUCGUAUCGCUUUGGAACGGACACGAAAGGAAUCACGCCGCAAGGACGCAUCCUUGCGGCGUGCCGGUGCCGGUGGUGGGUGCAGAUGAGGCGGUGGCGCCCGGCCUCACCUGCCCGUCAGGAAGCUGCAAAUCCACUGGCGGAGCUGGAGAAGUUCUGAGGAGAAGGAGUUCGGGGACGACGGUGUGGAACGCAGAGCUCAAGUCCACGAACGGGAUCCAAACCCACGUAGGUCCCCGUGCCGCCCAGGUGUUCUAGGAUGGAGUGCAAGUCCCAGGUUGCGUGUGCAGUUCCACAGCAUCCGCGACAACUGUCGCCUCCGCCCCUUGCGCCGCAAACAAAAUGGUGGUUUCCGUAGGUCCGCCGCGGUGGCUUGAAGGAAUCCCGUCACGUAUCUUGUGCUUCUCGCAAACGCUCAACAGCUUCUGGUUUUUCAGCCCUCUUGCGGCAUUUUACAAUUUGCCGUAAUGGCUGACAGGUGUACGCGGCACGGACGGAAAGCUCCAUCGCAGGCGGUGCGACGCACCUGCGGGCCAGAUAGAUGAUGCGGCCUGUACUUGAACGCAGCACCGGGUAACGCAGCUCCCUCCCUCCCUUCCGCUGCACGUUUGUGUCUUUAUAUGAGCGGGCCCGACUCGCCAGCGGAAGCCCAAAACGGAGCAAUUAGCACCGGGGGGAAAAAAGCAAGCGCUCCGUCCUGACCUCAUUGGGCCUGCCUUCUUUCCCGAAGCUGCGAAUUCCCCCCGUGCCAAAAUGCGUCCUUCACAACAUAUCAUUAUUCUAUAUUUGCCAGGAUCGCGUCCGCGUCCGCGUCCGCCGAGACCUUUUUGUUUGCGCCAUUUUUGUUUUUCCCACGCUCGGACGACCGCAGUCAAAACAACUUUUUUUUACACCGGGCAGUUUUGUCACCGAGGAAGAAGGCAAGAGAGAAAACAAAUCGCAAUUAGAAAGCCUCACAGACGCUGGCCGGAUUCAUUUCACGGCGUGCGUGCGCGUGCCCGCGGCUCCCCUUCGCCCACCGAUUGCUCGAAAGUGGUGCAAUUUCAGCCGUACUUUCGUUAUAGGUCAUGUGAACAGUGGGAAAGGUUUCGAAAUGAUUUAGCGUGGUCUCAUUGGUCAUGUCGCAAAACAUGGCAUUUGAACAAGGGUGUGUAGACUUUUUUAUAUCCAGUGUAUCUGUACUUUUGGGGGUUUGUUUGUUAACUCGGCAUGAUGUAAAAAAAAAAAAAAAAAAAAAAGAAGAUGGACUUCCAGAAACAGGAGGUCAACUGCGACCCUCCUCCUUCCUUCCGUCCUCCGAGCCGCUCAUCAUCCCGGGGCGAGCUCGCGCGCCUCUCCGCGUCUGACUUCCGGUCGCAAACAACCAUUCGCACCUACGGACAACUUGGAGGAGAAGACGCAGACUGCGCGCAUUCGAGCCCACGACCCUCCGAAGUGCCAGGUGUCGAUGUCGUCGUCGUCGUCUCCUCUGAGAGAACGCACCCAGGUCAAUUCGGACAACGUUUGGCGGGUUUUGACUCACUUGCACUGGCAGGAAGACUUUGACCUUGAACUUCCCAAGUCAAGGAGUCGAGUGACGUCGAGCGGGGGCGCCGCCUCCGUGUGCGCCGGGAAGGUGGAGACUGACAAAAAGGCGGCGCAGAGCGAAGCGCGGCCGACGUUGCGCUCGUCUGGCGCGGCACGCGAGCGAUGUGAGGAGGAGCCGCGGACGCCACUCAUGGGAUGGAGCGCACGCGGAGUCAGGUUGGACUCGGCCAAGGCGCUGCCCUUCCUCGCCGCGCUCCUCAUCGUGCCCUACUUCUUCUACUGCCGCUCGGACGGCGAGCGGCGGCCGCGCAGCCUCCCGGAGGAGCGCGACGUGGCCGGCAGAAAGCGCUUCCCGCGGGCCAUCAUCAUCGGCGUGAAGAAGGGAGGGACCCGCGCCUUGCUCGAGUUCCUCCGCAUCCACCCGGACGUCCGAGCCGUGGGAGCCGAACCGCACUUCUUCGACAGGUUCUACGGCAGAGGACUCGAGUGGUACAGGAACUUGAUGCCUCGGACCCUGGACGGUCAGAUCACCAUGGAGAAGACCCCCAGCUACUUCGUCACCAAGGAGGCGCCGAGUCGCGUCUGCACUUUGAACUGCCAAACCAAGCUCAUCGUGGUGGUCCGGGAUCCCGUGACCCGAGCCGUGUCUGACUACACGCAGACUCUCUCCAAGAACCCGGGUCUUCCCUCAUUCCAGAGCCUGGCCCUGAGGAACGCCUCGGCGGGACCGAUCGACACGUCGUGGAGCGCCGUUCGCAUCGGCCUCUAUGCCAAACAUCUGGAGAACUGGCUUCGGUACUUCCCCUUGUCACAUUUUCUUUUUGUUUGCGGUGAGCGGUUGGUGUCAGAUCCCGCCGGGGAGAUGGGUCGGGUUCAGGACUUCCUGGGCCUGAAGAGAGUUGUUUCCGAGAAGCACUUCUACUUCAAUCAGACCAAAGGUUUUCCCUGCUUGAAGAAACCCGAGGGUAGCAGCAGGCCUCGCUGUUUGGGGAAGUCAAAGGGAAGACCGCAUCCACGGAUUCCCACCGGGGUCUUGCAGAAACUGAGAGACUUCUACAGACCUUACAACCGACGCUUCUAUCAGUUGAGCGGACAAGACUUCGGAUGGGACUAACGGGAGAGGAUAGGCCAGACGAAAAAGCCUGACUCUGACUUUGUCUCAGGAACCGGGUGUGAGGAUAUGACAUCUUCUGAGUGGACCUCCUUCAGAGGACAUAACGAGGAAAAGCCUCCCUAUUUCCCUCAAGUCCCAAGCAACCACGGGACACUUUAAGGGAGAUUUUGUCAUUUUAAAAGGAAACGCAGCCCCCCCUCGAGUCACUGACCAAAGCCUCGCUCCUCACGAAACUAAUGGCCAUAAUAAUUUCAUGACGGCAUGCGAUUAUGAAAGUGCGUAGUUGUGAUGAGAACGCCGUCCAGCUUCAACAAAAUAGCAGCGCUUGCAAUACUACGCUAGCAUUAGCACUAUAAACAAGGCCCCGUUAGCCACGACUGCUACAUUGGUAGCACGACUUGUUCUAAUAGUGUUAUAGGAACACUACAUUUAUCGGUGUGAAGUUUUACUUUUUGGAAUAUUCCAUCAAUUACAAAGUCAAAAAGAGGUGCUAAUGACUUGAGCAGAAAUGUUGCUAAUUCCGCGUUGCGUCUGCCUGAGGUCCCUCCGCUCUGCUUCCGUUUGCUCGUCUUAUGCCCGCUUGUGAGCAAACGCAAAACAAGGGAUGGGCUUUCUUUGUUUUUGUCUACCACAGCUGGAUAUUGCAACUGUUUCAGCAAAGCUCCUGAAACCCAAACCCGACAAAAUAAGAAACCAAACAUUUCUCACUUGGAAGGUCAAAUCAAAUGUGAGCUAACUAGUAACAAAAGCAGAAUACAAUUUUCGUACUUUACUUGCUGACGGAAACAGGAGAAACCUCGAUACUUGCGAGCUUUUGGUUUGGCAACAAUUUAAGUCGGGUGGCCGGUUGGAAGGAGAGACGUAUCCAAACGGGGGUUCCCCUUACAUCGCACAGCGCCCGCUCUGAUGCCGGCAAUCUAGCCGCGACACCGAAUCAAGAGGAAACACACCAUCGGGGGAAAAAAAGAAAGCAAGAGAAUUUACGAAGAGCGUCGUCGUAACGAGCGCCAUGACGUGCGACUGCUUUGCCGUCGUGUAAAAACCGCCGACGCUGUUAAGCGCCACGCGGCUAACUUCGUCAAACGUGCGUUUGUUUGCAUCAUUAAGAAGAAGAAGAAGAAGAGUUGAACCAAAGGAGAAAGAAAUAUUGCCUCCAAGUAUAUUUCUAACUUGAUUUUGGGCUUUUUUUGAACGCAAUAAGCUGAUAUUUAUAGUUUGUGUUGAUUGAAAGAUUUGUAUGUAUUUAUUACCCAGCAAGACGUGAAAAUAUGCCGUAGUUCACCUGUAGUGAUAAACCGCUAUUUCGUUUGCGUGCGUGUGUGUGUGUGUGUUUUAAGAUAAAGUAUUAACCCGA